CAUUGGUUGAUAUGCAGAAAGAUAGACAGUAUACUCAAAAUCUCUCAUCACCAACAGUCGCUAAAUCUACUCAGGCGUCGUCGCCGGAUAUUAUAUAUAUCGGUAAGAGAUGCGACUUGCUUGGUUUUGGAAAACGUGGUGUAGUUGCUCGUGGUGAAGUACACGAAGUUAAUCCAAAUGCAACUGUCCAUUGCGAGCCGUUGGAGGAUGGAGCUUUUGUUGUUGUCCUGACUGAGGUUAUACAACCUCACGCUCCUUUGUGGAAAGAAGAUGGGUUCGCAUCUACACUUGGAGAGGCCGGUCCAGGAUCAUUUGUGCAAUGGGGGAAAGAGGCUUUGAGAAUUCAAUAAUUUGAACAAAUUUGGUACUGUA